AUGUCGUCGAUGACAUGGACGUUGGUGCUAUUGCCUUUAGCUGCAUGGGCAGCCACUGCCUCUAGCUCUUUGGUGGCGAAGCCAGGCUGCCAGGCGCGAUGCGGCGACAUCGACGUCCCCUACCCGUUCGGCAUCGGCGCCGGCUGCUUCCGGCCGGGCUUUGAGAUCGUCUGCAACAACACGACACCGUUUUUGCCGGACGCCACCGUCGCCGGCCAAACGCGCGCCCCAAGGUCCGUGCGCGUGCUGAACCUGACCGUGACGGUGGGCGCUCGGGUCCGGUUGCAGCUGCCUGUGGCGCACCAGUGCUUCGACGCUGCCGGCAACGAGACCGCCGGUAGCUUCGAUCGCACGCUGAGGGUCAACAGGCAGAAGGUGUACCGCAUCUCCAACACGGCCAACGAGCUCUUUGUCCUUGGCUGCAACACCCUCGCCUACGCCCGCAGAGGAUCGCGUAAGAACGCCACAUCAGACAGCUACUUCAGCGGGUGCGUGGCCUACUGCAACAAAGCCCAGGAGGCACAGAGCGGCAAGUGUGACAGCAUCGGAUGCUGCCACGUCAACAUCUCGCCGUUGCUCACCAACACCAGGAUGACCUUCCAGAGAUGGUCGAAAGCACGUGCAGUUGACAUGAGGCGCCCCUGCAACUACGCCUUCAUCGUGGAGAAGAACAACUACACCUUCCGCGCUGCCGACCUGACCAGAAUCCCGGACCCGGCCAAGCCAUGGAGCAUGCCACUUUGGCUCGACUGGGCCAUCCGCGACGGCAGUAACUCCCCGUCCUGGCCUGUGCCGGACAAGACGCCGGGAUACGCUUGCGUGAGCAGCCACAGCGAGUGCGUCGAAUCCACUAACGGGAAUGGGUAUACCUGCAAAUGCUGGGAAGGCUAUGAGGGCAACCCAUACCUUAUCGAUGGAUGCACAGAUAUCGACGAGUGCAAACAACCAAAUUUAUGCUUCGGCAAGUGUACCAACAAGGAUGGAUCUUUCGAGUGCACGUGCUCACAAGGGCACCAAGGCAACGCCACCCAAAAAGAUGGUUGUGUCAAGUCCAUGAACACAGAUUUAAUCAUUGGCCUAUCAGUUUCUAGCGGCCCAACUAUUCUAAUUGUCUUUAUUACCUCAAAGAUAAUAAUCCGCAAGCUUAAGCGCCAAAAGGAACAUAAGUUGAGACAGAAGUUCUUCAAUCAAAACCGUGGGAAAUUGUUGCAAAAAUUGGUAUCUCAUAGGUCAGAUAUUGCAGAGAGGAUGAUCAUCUCUUUAAGGGAGCUAGAAAAGGCCACAAACAAGUUUCAUCCAACUCGUAAGCUUGGUGGUGGGGGACAUGGUACCGUAUACAAAGGAAUUUUAUCAGACUUGCAUGUUGUUGCCAUCAAAAGGUCAAAUAUUAUGGUCAGGAGUGAGAUUAAUGAGUUUAUAAAUGAAGUUGCCAUACUCUCACAGAUCAAUCAUAGGAACAUUGUAAAGCUCAUUGGAUGUUGUCUUGAGACAGAAGUCCCUUUGUUGGCUUAUGAGUUCAUUUCCAAUGGAACCCUAUGUGAUUAUCUUCAUAAGAAACCGUUAAGAUCAUUACCUUGGCAAGACAUAUUAAGGAUUGCAACAGGAAUUGGCAAAGCCCUUUCUUACCUUCACUCAUGUAUUUCCGUCCCCGUAAUACACAGAGAUAUCAAGUCCACCAAUAUACUUCUUGAUGAUGCUUUGACAGCGAAGGUGUCUGACUUUGGAGCUUCAAGGUACAUUCCUAGAGAUAAAACACCAAUUACAACAGUUGUGCAGGGUACAUUAGGAUAUUUAGAUCCUGUGUACUAUUAUUGUGGUCGUCUAACGGAAAAAAGUGAUGUUUAUAGCUUUGGAGUUAUUCUCAUUGAGUUGCUUACAAGGAAGAUGCCAACUAUAUAUAGAUCUUCCACAGGUGAUGGGCUAGUUGCGCAAUUUAUAGAACUAUUUGCGAAAGAUAAGUUGGUAGAAAUACUAGAUCCACAAGUCCUGGAGGAGGGAGGUCGACAAGCUGAAGUAGUAGCUUCUCUAGCUAUGUCGUGCACGAAGCUAAGGGCAGAGGAGCGACCAACCAUGAGGUCCGUGGAGAUGACACUAGAAGCACUUCAAGGACCCAAAGAUCAUUUUCGUGUUCGGGAUGCAACAUAUGAGGGGGGUUAUUCAACAAUGAGAUAUACAUCACCAAUAAGAAGGACAAGCUUAGAGGACAUGAGCAGACAAUAUAGUCAAGAAGAAGAGUUUGUGUUGUCCGCGAGCUACCCUCGAUAG